CUUUCUUCCUUAGCCGUGCGGGAGCAGCUGCAAGCGAGAUCUUUCUCCUUCCUCGUCCUUUUCCUGAAGAUCGCAGCCAUGGCGGACAAAGCAGUCACCAUCAGGACCAGAAAGUUCAUGACUAACAGGCUUCUCUCCAGGAAGCAAUUCGUCAUUGAUGUUCUUCACCCUGGGAGAGCCAAUGUCUCAAAGGCUGAGCUGAAAGAGAAGUUAGCAAGGAUGUACGAGGUCAAGGACCCAAACUCAAUCUUUGUAUUCAAAUUUAGAACUCACUUUGGAGGUGGUAAAUCUACUGGGUUUGGCUUGAUCUACGAUUCUGUUGAGAAUGCCAAGAAAUACGAACCCAAAUACAGGCUGAUUAGGAAUGGACUCGACACCAAGGUUGAGAAAUCAAGGAAACAGAUGAAGGAAAGGAAGAACAGAACGAAGAAAAUCCGUGGUGUUAAGAAGACCAAGGCUGGUGACGCCGGAAAGAAGAAGUGAGAACCUUCCGAAACAGAUAACUGCGGUUUUGCUCUCCGUCGCCCGUCUUUUAUUUCCAUGUCUGAAAUUAGAUAAUUAUCGAACUAGACCUGUGUUACUGCAUAUCGGUUUUGUGAUGUUCGAUGUUUCACUUGUUCAAUCUCGACCUGGAUAUCGUUUUAAUGGUUAGAAAAUGCCUGUUAAGAUUUUCGUUGUUUCAGACGUUAUGUGAUUUAUUUGAGGGUUGUUCUCGACAA